AGUAUCGCGAGUUUACCUCGUGUUGACGUGAAUUGGGUUGCUUCUUCCCGGGAACAGAAACGAUUCAAUUUAGCUAACUGUCAAGCCUCUCAAAUAUGUAAUGUAAAGUUAGGUCUAUAUUUGGUGUAAUAACUUUACUUCAGCUCUAUACUAACAUCGGUUUAAGGUAGCUUGUAGCUUACAGUUCUAUUUACAUUCCCCAGUGCCGAAAUAUAUGGAUGCUAACGUUAGCUAGCUCGCUACUUCGUCGUCAUUAGCAGUUGUGUGAAAACUAUCAGUAUUUAUCCAGAAAAACAUGUCUGGGGAGCAGAGGACGAGCUGGAUACUGACAGGGGCAAUGGUCGCCUGUGUCACCGCUUUGUAUGUGCCCUGUGUGCAGAGAACCGUCCCCGGUGGAGACUCAGGAGAGCUGAUCACCACUGCUUGUGAGCUGGGGGUGGCCCAUCCUCCAGGAUAUCCCGUCUUUACCCUACUAGCUCGCCUGGCUAUGUUACUUCUGCCCUCACUCUCUCCAGCCCACAGUGUCAAUCUGAUGAGUAGCCUGCUGGGGGCUGCAGCUUGCAGUGCCCUCUGCAUUACUGUCUGCAGGUUGGCAGGCCCCGGCCCCGGAGCAGUACUGGCUGGUGGGCUGUUCGCUGUGUCUAGGCUGAGCUGGCAGUGGUCCAUGGUGGCGGAGGUCUUCACCCUCAACAACUUUUUUGUUGGUCUGCUCUUCUUCUUGACUGCCAGCUUCCACUGUGCUGAAAACGCCUCCCAGAGGGGAAAGAUUGCACAUUGGGGAGCGCUAUGCUGUGGCUUGGGGCUCUGUAACCAGCACACCCUGCUGCUGUAUAUACUGGUCAUAACUCCCUGGGUCCUUCGCCGACUUUACUGUCUCGGGGAGCUGUCUUUGCGCGGCCUUGUGUCUCUGGGAGUGUGUUUCAUCGCUGGCUUUCUGCCCUACAUCUACCUGCCCAUCUCCUCCUACGUCAACACAGCCCGCUGGAGCUGGGGGGAUCAGACCACCCUGUCAGGCCUGCUGACCCACCUGCUGAGAGCUGAGUAUGGCACCUUCAGUCUGGCGAAGACGGAGAGCUCGGUAAACCUGACCUCGAUGCUAAAGGCCCAGUUGGAUCACUGCCUGAAAGACCUUUCACUUCCUGUUCUGGUGCUGGCAGGAAUAGGCCUACUCCUCUCCUCAUGGGACAGGUCCUGUCGCUCAGUGUCCUGGCUGUUCACUGCCAUGCUGGUGGUCUACUCACUGUUCUUUGCUUGGAGAGCCAACCUGGACAUCAGCAGACCCCUACUGCUUGGAGUGGUUGAGCGUUUCUGGCUCCAGAGUGAUGCUGCAGUGUGUGUGCUGGCAGGUCUCGGCUUGAGCCGGACACACAGCGUGCUGGAGAGGAGGCUGGGCCGUGGGGGGUUGUGGAAGACCACAUGCUGGGUCCUCACCAUGACUCUGCUGGCACAUAUGGUACACACCAAUCACAGGGAGUGCGAUCAGAGCAGAAACAGUGUGGUCGAGAGGUUCGGCAGGGAGCUUCUGGCCUCCGUCCCAACAGACUCGAUCAUCCUGACCAGAGGAGAUCUGCCUGGAAACUCCCUGCGCUACUUAUACUACUGCCAAGGCGUACGGCCCGAUGCACGUCUGGUCGACCAGGAGAUGAUGACAUACGCUUGGUAUGUGGCCAAGCUGGCGCAGCACCACCCUGGGGUGCACUUUCCUGGCCGCUGGUGGGACUCGGCUCACCCUGAGGAGAACGACACCUUCAAUCUGGAGCAGUUUCUGUCCCACAACACGCAGAGGCAUGUGGUCACCUGCAUUGGGCUGCCUGAUGGAGACCCAAGCUGGGAACAUAGUUUCUCUCGUUGGCCCCUGGGUGUGUGUGACUACUUGGUGCCAGUUCAGAGGCAGUUCUACCCUGAAAGAUGGGCCCAGCGAACCCGCAACAUCUACAACUGGACUGAGCCACACGACAGUUUCCAUCCCGCGUCCUGGGAGCGCGUCGCUAAUGAGGAGAUGUGGCAAGCCAGGAUGAAGACGGCUUUCUUUCUGUUUGACCUGGCAGAAGGGAUGCAAGGAGAGGGGAAAGCUCGCCUCUUUGAGCUGUCUUACACUCUGUAUAAGGAGAUUGUGGAGGCCCACUCAGACUACCCUUCAAACUGGGACAAGAACUUGGCUCUGGCCUGUGAGAGGCUGCUCCGCUCGGGUCACCAGGGCUACAGUCCAGACAGCUUGCUGACCUGCAGCACCCGGCACUUCAGUCUUUACUUAGAGAAAGAACCCACAGAUCCCCAGACCCCCGCCAUACGCUCGGCCAUUACGGAGUUGCUCAAAGAGAGAGACGAGCUCCGCCAGAGCCUGAGGCAAACCCCAUAACAAGAUCCAGAGAGACCUACAUGGAGCUGGCACACUGAGAGUGUGCCUCGAGCCCAGCCGAAGUGCAAAGCACUGGGGACAAAGUCUGAGCCAAUGUGCCUCUUAUCAUGGUUAACAUUUUGGCUAAAUGGAAUUGGCUAAAUUGGACUUAUGAGUGGAAUGCUGACACAGAGGAGAACUACGACUCGGCAAUGCUUCAUUUGAAGAAUGUUUCCGGGGUCAAUAGAGCUUGACUUCAGGAAGCCUUGACUGACCCCAAUCAAACUGUGCGUGCUCCCCUUAAAAUCACCCAUUCGAUUGCUUUAUCGUUACAUCUCGUUCUUUUUUUUCUCUCCUCUUUUGCUCUCACAGCUUUUAACGUGCUGAUUGUUUUGCCUCAGCCACUGCUCUACUUCUCUUUUUCUCACAUUAGGAUGGCAAGGCCGAGAUUGAGGGAAAACCAAUUUGGGGGCAGAAAUGGGGGAUUAGAGCGUCUGUUUAAUCUAGGACAGACUUGUGCUGUGCCACACAGCCCUCACUCCUCAUAGCCAGCACUACCCACCGACCCCUCUAUCCUUCCAUCAGUCUAUCUUAGAUGGUCCUUUAAAUGUUUAAAACUAAUGGAUUCGAUGAGUGUUUUUUUUUCUCUCUCCUCUUUCCUUCCUAACGGGAGGGCUGUAAUCCCUCAUGGAUUUAAAUGAAAUGUGAAAUGUCACGAUGCCAGGGACCCAUUUAGAGGUGUGUGUGUGUGUGUGUGUGUGUGUGUGUGUGUGUGUGUGUGUGUGUGUGUGUGUGUGUGUGUGUGUGUGUGUGUGUGUGUGUGUGUGUGUGUGUGUGUGUGUGUGUGUGUGUGUGUGUGUGUGAACACACUUAAAUCUCCACCCAAGCCUUUUCCCUACCGGAACCGCAUAUAAACGUAGUCAAUAAACAGAUCGGCACGCUGAAAAGCCAAGUACUUUGACCAUCAUACAAGCACAAAGUCAUGCAAACUCCAGGGACAUACGAAGACACGCAAAACCGUCAGCCUCCCAGCUCCCAGGACUUGUAGCCCUGUGAGGGAUGCUGGAGAGAAAUCGUAGCGUGUUCUCAGCGUCCAAAACCUCUUUUGUAAAUGCUGGUGCUCACUGUGGUCAAAGCAUUACUAUAAGGUUUAUAAUACUGUGCUGGAGCAGCCUGCUGUUUGAGAAAGCACUAGAAAGCGAAGGACAGUAAGUACAUGUGUAGUUUCCUCAGAAUGUAAUCUGCCCUCUCUGUCAGCUGGAUGAUGAGAUUCGACCGGCUGUAGGCACAAAUGGUUUGGUUGCUCAUAAAAAAGGGCAAAUUGUCACACGGCUUUCUACAGAUUCAAAUAAAUUCAAUAAACAUUUAAUACGUA